GAAGUUUUGCAAACACCACCCCAAAAGCAUUUCAAAUUUAUUUCUUCAAAUUUUGUUGAAACUGAAAACCACCAUUGUCGAGCAGGUUUCCAGUACAUUCGAUGCUGCUCCGAAGGUUGUGCACCUCUGUAUCAAAAUCCUACCCGUACCCGUACCCGUUUCUUCCUUCUUCAAUACCCGCAAACCCACUUUCCAAUUCCAACUCUUACCCAAUACUUUCGCCCAAUUUCAAAACCCUAGGGUUAGGGUUUCACACAACCGCCUCUGCAGAUUCAGGCACCGCUCACUCCACAAAUUCCACCAUGGACGAAUCCAGAAGACCCGUACCGCUCCCAAUUCCACACCCGGGAACGGCGGGUCGGGCCGAAGUGUUUCGUGCCCUAGAAGCCUCUCUCGGAUCCACAUUCAGCUCUCACCCCAUAGCCCCAAACCCUAACCCCCUAAUCAUCGUCAUCAGCGGCCCCAGCGGCGUCGGAAAAGACGCUGUGAUCAAACGCCUCAGAGAAGUCCGACGAGACCUCCAAUUCGUGGUCACCGCCACCAGCCGCCGCAAACGCCCCGGCGAAAUCGACGGUGAGGACUACCACUUCAUUACGAAGGCCGAGUUCCUGGAAAUGAUCGAGAGAAACGAGCUCCUGGAGCACGCGCUCGUGUACGGCGAGUACAAAGGGAUCCCGAAGCAGCAGAUUAGGGAAUACGUGGCGGAAGGGCGCGACGUCGUUUUGAGGGUCGAUGUGCAGGGGGCCUCCACUCUGAGGCGGAUAUUGAAAAACGGUGCCGUAUUCGUGUUCGUGGUGGCGGAGAGUGAGGCGGCGUUGGUGAAUCGGUUGAUUGGUCGGAAAACGGAGAAGGUGGAGGAUUUGGCGAUGAGGGUGGCGGCGGCGAGAGAGGAGAUUAGGUGUUUGAAGGAGUUUGAUUACGUGGUUGUGAACGAGGAUGGUGAGCUCGAGAGAUCUGUGGAGAUGGUGGCCUCCAUUAUCGAUGCUGAGAAAGCUAAAGUGCACCAAAGGAGACCUCUUUUUUAGAUCAUUUCUUCAAGGUUAGUAUAUAAAGAUUUGACAUUUUUUCGAUUUUUAAUAAAUAUCGUGUACGAUUUUUUUGUAAUUUUGCUUGUCGAUUCAAAUAUUAGUAAAACAUUGGUUAGAUGAUCUAUUUAUUGACUACAAAUUCAUAAAUAUUGUUUAUCCUAUA